AUGGACGACUCCAUUUUGUUGCUUCUGCCUGACAGCAGCGUCAACAUUAUCCAGCCAGACAUCACCGUCCACGUCAGCGAUGUCAUGGCUAUGUAUCCUGGCUGCCACGUCAGCAGCCUCGACUCCGACGAAGCCGUUCUAUCGUCCCAUACCGUGCUGCUUCCGGGACGCACGUACCUCGUCUUGGUCCGCGGUGCGAUACUCGGCAGCGACUCUCCAGAAGAAAAAACCUUCAAGAAAUUGGCACGAGAGGCUUUUGCUUCCGAGGAGCCCGACAACGAGUCGCUCGGGUCGCAAAUGAAAAAACCCGACCCUGAACCCAGCGCAGCUGCGGGCUCCAGGGUUUUUAAAGGCACUACUACUGAUAGACCGAAUCGGCGGUCGAGCGCACUCAAGACGGUGGAGCAGGCGGUCAGCGCGUUUGGCGCAUGCGUCGACGACACCACCAGCCGCGCCGGCGACUUCGCGGCGGAGAUGGCGAAACGCUUUGCUCCCGACGACGACAAAUGUGGCCCCGAAGCGCUUCCUGGCGAACAUACGCGUUACGCCAUGUGGAUGGAUGAUGCGAACGCGUCUCGAAGGCGCAUGAUCCCGCGAUCCUCCACCUUCGAAUCAGGACCUGAAUACGGCACCAGCGGAAUUACGAGCGGAAUGGCGGCUUUUGCAAUGGCGGACGCGAUGCUGCUAUCCGGCGAUCGCAACGCCGCGCAUCACACCAUAGCGCAGCAGCAGCAACAGCAGCAGCAACAGGAGCAGCAGCGUCGGUUCGCCUCUCCAGUCACCGCGCAUCUCGGCAGCCAUGCGGCAGCGUAUCGCAGCCGACACCGACGGGUCUCUUCGCAGUCCCAGCUUUCCCCAGAUGGCCCCAACGGUCCGAAUCCCACCUCUGCCGCUGCCGCCGCCGACAACUGGACCGGCCACGUCUCGCCAGCGCAUCCACUAGCGCAACUCCCUCCCUUUGCUUACGCGUCGUCAACGCAGCUUUCUCCUGACUCGCUCUCCUCCAAUGGAUCUUUUUCCGAGUCUCUCUCGUCUGGACCCUCUUCUUGCAGCUCCAUCGCUCUGACCACUCCCCGGGAUGGCACCAGCGCCGCUGUUGCGAUUAGAUUGUUUCCAUCUUCCAGGAAGUUUCCCAGCAGCAGCUCGGUCAACGGCAGCAGCUGUGGCAGCAUUCCGAUUAAACAGCAAGAAGAUUUGGACAUCAUUUCUUGUGAUUCGGAAACCCCUGUCCUUCCUAGACUGCUGAGUGGCAGUUAUGGGACGGAAUCCUCACCAAGAAGAGAACACAAGCGCAAUGGGAAGCUAGAAUCUCAAGGGAAGGCCUCUCUGCUAAGAUGGUUUUCCAGAAAGCUCGGGGACAGCAACGAAGGGAAUUAUAGCCAUGGACGGAAGAUAGGGUCCAGCCGACUUUCUGGGUUGUACAUAGACAGCAACAGUGGCACUUGGAGUGAGGAGUGGUGCUAA